AUGACCUAAAAUAAAUCACCCUCUGGCUAGAAUCUCUCCCGCAAAAAUAUAUUUGAUAAGGGAAAAAAACCUUUAACUGCAUCCACAAUGGCCUAACAAUAUGAUGUAAAUAAGCAUCAAAGAAUCAAUCAAAACUCCAGUCCGAUUGACAAAUUGAUAAACAGUAAGCAAGGAGUGUUAGGCUAGCGAUCUAAAUCUAAGAACAUGUUCCAGUCAAAUUCAUAUUCUCCUAAGAAAAAGGGUAAAAUUGUGAAUAAUUAAAAUUAGGAAUACACAUGUGAUGGUUCAACGAUUGAUCUAAUGCAACAAUUGAACAGUUCAAAUACUCCAAAUUUAAAAGGGAAUAAACAGCUAUAAAUAUUCAAUCGACCUCCUGCAUAUAACUAAACUAGUAUAAAUCUUGACUCAACAUUGAAAAUGAAUAGUAUAACGCCGAGAUGUAAUAAUCCAAAUGGAAAAGAAAGUUCAUUUUAUUCUCCAGUUUAAGUCCUUGAAAUCGAUCCUUUGAUUGAUUUGGAAAAUUAAGAAAAUUAAGAUGACGGUAGGGAGGAAUACAAAGCAAUGACAUUAGCGAAAAUUGCUUCAACAAAUGUAUUACUCUAGGAAAAGACUGCUUCACUUAUUUUGUCCUAAAAAUCAUUCAUAGAAAAAUCAAAAGGGAAAGAUUUUAAAGAUAUUCAAAUUCUUGAGGAGGAAAGGUGUACCAGAGAACUUCCAUGUGUUAAAAUAGAAUUAAUCAAUAGCAGUAUUUAGAAUGAAUUCAUUUUAGUAAAUUCAGACAAAACUUUCGUUAAGUCAUCAACAAAUGAAUAAGACAGUUGUGAUAUAUUAUCUCAACCCUCUCUUGAUAAUCCCAGUAUUUAAUUCAAUUCUUUACAGCCUACUAUAAUGAUGGUGGUUGACCCUAAAAUUAUUAAUAUUUCCACUAUUAGCAAAAUAUCUGAGAUUUAGGAUGAAAACGAUACUUAACAAAAUGGAGAUUCUUAAUCGACUAUAAUUCAAAAGCAAAGUGAAAUCUAACCAAAGAAAUCUAUUGUGCGUAACUUUAAGUAUAAUAUUCAAAGAUUCUAACAACCAGGUAAUCAGCAGAAUGAUGAAGAAUCAAAGGAUGACACUUAAUCUAACAGAGCUUCUAAUUCUUCGAGAAGAUCUUCAGAUGUUUUACCAGUAACAUUCAAAUCUAGGCCUUAAACAUCCUGCUCAGAAGAAGGAAAUUGGAGUGGUGGAAGUAAUAGUGAAGAAAUGAAAUAUUCAGUAAAGGAUUGUGAAACAUCUGAAUUAGACAGUAAUAAAUCUAAGAAGUCAGUUGAAGAGCAAAAAGAGGAUGACUGUGAAGUUAUUGAGAAGGAGGAAGCAUUAAUUGCUUCCCUCCUGACGAUCAAAUAUCAACAAGAGAAAUAUAAAGAGUACUAUGCAAUUGUCAGGAAUAAGAGAUUCAAAUACUAUUCUGACAAAUCAAUGAAGAAGCUUGGAGGCAUAAUAGACUUUGAUAGAGUUUAAGUUGUGAUUAUGAUUGAAGAUGAUGAGCAAUCUAGUGAUGAAGAGGAUAAUAGUAAUCCAUAGGACUUGAGAAAAUUCAGGAUAGAAGUUAUAGGAUGUAAAAGACAAUUUAUAUUCAAGGUACCUACUAGUUCACAUUUAAGAAGAUGGACUCAAGCACUUUAUUCUAAUUGGAAUUCAAGCAAGAGCUUUACACUUUCUAAUUCACAUGGCUUGUUAAGUUCUAAUUUCUGGAAGAGUACUUCAUUUGUUACAAAAGUGCAAAGAGCAAUAACAAUGAGUGAAUAUGAUCAUGUAGCGAUGUUGCUAAGAUACAGUAAUGGUAAAUUGGUGAUAUUUGAAUCAACUGGGACCACUGGUGUUGCAGUGUUAGAUUGGGAUGUAUUUGUUAAGAAUAACUGGCACAAUUUGUAUCAGAAGCUAGCCUACAGGAAGCUAAGGCAUCAGAGGAAUAUUGACAACAUGGGAAAGCUUGAAACAUUCAUUAGGACUGUGAUUGGAAUGAAAUAUAAAUUGAAUGCUGCAAAGAUUCUUAGAAAGCAUUUUGAGAAUGAUGCUGAAAAUAUUAAGGGAGACAAAUCCUAUUUCUGCUCUGAGCUAGUGGCAAGUGCAUAUAAAUGUCUUGGAUUAUUGCCUAAAGAAAUAUCAGCAAGCCAAUAUUGGCCGGGUAGCUUUGCUAACAAAAGUAGUUUACAGUUACAAGGCAGAGCUUUGCUUGAAGAUGAGUAGCAAAUUGAAUUUCAUACAUGA